AUGGAUAACUUUGAGUACAUUUUUUCUUAUCCGUCUGACGUGGCUGCCUCUCAGUAUGGGUCUGACGCGGCUGGAUAUGCUUGGACGUUUGGAGACGUUGUGGGGGUGUCCUCGAGGGACAUCAUGGACCACUUACUAGGAGCGCCCUUGCCGCCCCCGAAGAGACAGUGCGUUCGACCUCCGAGUGAUCUCUCAUGGUGUCAGCCUUCCUAUGCAAGUUACUCCACUCCCUUUGUUGGGAGGCCAUCGGAAUCGGAUCUGGACGCAGCUUCAUGGUUGGCCUCGGUGUCUGCGCCCCACGAAAAGGAGGCGAUUUCACCCUCGCCUGCUCCAGUGCCCCCUUCAGUAAGCCAAGAAUUCAAGAGCGCUCUCGGCCCCGUCACUGUCACCUUCCUGUCGCCGCAGGUAACCUCCUCUUCAACUGUUCCUGCCUCCUCCGGCCGCAGAAGGAAGAACGCCCACUGUCAUCUCUGCGACAAGCGCUUCGAGAGUCGCUACAAGUUAAAGAUGCACGUCAAUACCCACACGGGUGCUCGGCCCUUCACGUGCGACGUGUGCGGCAAGGGCUUCAUGCGACGGACCACCCUCAACGCACAUCGGCCCAUCCACGACGCCUCCCAGUUCUCGUGUCCCACCUGCAACCGCCCCUUCAAGCGCUCGUCCGAAAGGCUUAUUCACAUCCUGCUGAAGGUGUGUCUACGGAAGCAAAGAAUCCUUCGUCGGACAACCAGCGGCUGGUUUUGUGAUGUGUGCAACGAAGGCGUUCCCCAGCCGGAGGAACAUCGGUGUCCUGUCAAAGGUCGUCGACGUCAGUGCCCUGUCUGCGGGAUGGACUUCGGCGGGCAGCGCGACCACAAGAUGUUGACUCAUGUCCGCCAGGAUCACCCAGAGUUCCUGGCUUCGUUGUAA